GCCAGCAUGGAAGCAUCAGUCGCCUACGCUUUAUUUUUGCAUCGCCAGGAGCUGCAGCGUCGUCAGUUGCUCUACGUCCAAGUCUCCAAAACAAAGAUCCAACUUACCAAGGAGCUGAUAGCCGAGCAAAAGCAACGCCUCUCCACGUGUUCACCAGAAGAUCUGCAGAUCCUAAGCAGAGAGACCCAGUUCAAGCGGCAACUUCAGCAGAAACUUAAGCACCGGAACAAGCAACUAAAAGCCAUUGCCAAGCAUCAGGAGAGGAGAGGUUGAGUGAAAAAGGAUAUUAAGACUUCCCUCAGGCUUUAAUUAGUUUUAGCUUAGCAUUAGCAAAUGAUGUGUGCCUUUCCGUCGUCUAGUUUAGUUUUAGCUCAAAGAAAUAAAAUUUCCUAUGCA